GCGUGACGUCACUUAUGGACGGCCCCAUCCGCACAAAAACGAAGGAGACAAUCACAGCGAUGCACUCCGCCGGCUCGCUGCGACGAGACGUGAUCAUCACCACCCCUCGCCCGGAGCGCGCGAUCCGUAGCGGGCGCCUCCUCGCCCCCCUCCCCUCCCCCGCCAGUGUGAGCAGAGAGCGAGAGGCGUGAGGGCCUGGAAAUCCAACGAGAUCCUUCAACAGUUGCAAAGAGCAGUUGGCAUCUGAAGCAGAUUGCAAGAGCUGCAUGAACAGACUGCUUUUCGUCACCGCGUCGAGAGACAAUGGGUGCAUUUUAACAAAACUGUAAUCCAGCAAAAUAAGCAGCGUAUUAAGUGCACACAUCAGAGACUUCUACUAGACAAGCACAAGGCUGGGAGUUGACGCCGAGAAGAUUGAUUUGAAGUAAUUUACGAAAACGGGAAAAAAGCUUUUUUGGGAAGAUUGUACAUGUCCAUUCAUAAGAUUUUGACAUGUUCAAAAUCAUUUUUUAUUUGAGGAAAACCCAAUGUUUUACUCGUACAAGAACUUGUUAAUGUGCUAAGUUUUUUCAGAAAAGAAUUGGCUGGUGAAAAAGUUAUUACAAGUGCACAUACAUUCUACAAAAAGGAUCAAAGGCUGCGGAGACAGUUUUGCAGUUUCUAAUUUCAACAUUUAAUUUUGGAGCUGCAUAUAUUUUAAAUACACUAUAUUUACCAGAGUAUCUGCCAUUGAUUGGCAUAUAACAACGCAUAAUAUCGAUUUGUAUGCAGAAAUGCAUGCAAAAAUAUCGAAAAAGAGAGUUAAUAGCAAGAUUGAAGCAUCACCCCGUAGGAGGUGUACUCCAAGGUCUCCUGGAAAAACUAAUUUAAGGAGUUGUACUAAGAGUCCGAAACACAAACUGCAGACUGUGAAAAAUACAAUCGAUAGACUGUUUAGCUAUUCUCUGAGAAAGAAGAGAUGUUUGAAAAUUGUAGACCAGAUUGAGAAGUUUAGUUCAGAUGAAGAUUUUGAAUCUCCUAAAAAAAAGAUUAGAAUAUGGAAAACGGUGACAAAACAAGAACAUUUUAAAAAACAGCAUGGAUCCCCUUUGAAAACAUAUCAAGAUAAAAUUGCACCUCAUCCAAGCAGUGAUGGUUCAACAGCAAGCCGUUAUGAUCCCAGCGAUUUAUCUUGUGAUCAGUGGGUGUUGAUUAAACCCAAACUUCCUUAUUCUGGACAGAAAUAUUCUGGAAGAAGUGUGGAUGAGGUGUCAAAGAGACUGCGGGAUACAUGCAUGUCCAUCCAGCUGGAGGGAAGGCACAAAAACAUACACUUGAUUGGUCGUGCUGUCUUCCUGAAGAGAAAUCUGAAAUUGGGAGAAAAGACUGUGCAGAGGUUUUUGAAUGAGAAUUUCUCAAUCAAAAUCCACGGUCAACAGCAGCAUGAAGAUUCACCAAAACGGAGCACACUUGCCCAAGAAGUGUCACAAGAUGCAACAGAUGCAGAAAAAAAGUGCGCAGAAAAAUCCAAGCAGAACAUUUCUGUCAGUGGCAUUACAAUUGGUGUUGGAGAGUCAAUGGAAACUGCCAAUGCACCUUUGAAGGAAGAUUUUCUGUUAAACAACUCGGAUGAUGAUCCAUGUUCAGAUGAGAAUGACACAAAUAUACAGCCUGAGCACAGUUGUCAACAACAGCAUGUAUGCCAGUUGGAGGGGCAGCAGAUACUCAAAGUAGCCAUAGAUAUCAGGUCGUCAGCAUUGGAUCCUUCAAAAUGUAGCACACAUGCAGAGCAGUUGAACAAUAACAAUGCUGUCUUAUCGAGAAAAAAGUUGCUUUCUAGGAAAAUGAAAAAUGUCUCGCCUCCAAAUCUUGAUGUGUUGAAGACGUCAACAGGUACAACUUUGGAUUGUGAUGUAAAGCAAACACUUGAUGAGUUACCAAAAGGUUCUGAAAUAGCUGACACGGUAAUUAAAAAUGAAACUUCGAAUAACAUUUCUUCGCGACUAAGAAAAAGACCAAGUGACAGUGGGCUUAGUGGUGAUCAAAGUUUCCAAGGUAAACACCUAAAUGAAGAUAAUGCAAUCAGAGGAGCAAUUGAGUUCCAGACACCAGAUAACACACAGUCUGCAAAACGGUACAAGCUACGUUCCCACACAAAACUAGACGCACAGCUGCAGUCGAGCAGUAUUUCUAUACAGAGUAUCAAAAGCUUGUGUGGUUCACCAAAGAAAAGCUCACCCCUUAAGCAGAGUGUGCCUGUCGAUUAUAUUGAAGAUGACAGCCCUAUUGUACAAAACAAUGGGUCCAAAAUGGAUACCCAACAAAAUGGGAAUGAUGAAGCAGACACCAUCUCUGCGUCCAGGCCAGUGAAAGUUAACAGUACAUCUCAUGUCCAGGAUGAAGCGUUUUCCUUCUCCCAGCAACCAAUUGUUGCAGGACCAUUUCGUUCUUUAUUUUUUAGGGCCAUUGAUUCCAGAAGAAGUACAGUGUGGUCUUUUGUGAAUGAAAACUGAUACGUGUAUUCUUCAGUGUUGUACAAUUUAUUUGGAUAAUUUUAGUGGGAAUCUUUUUUUAAAUGUUCCUGACGUACUAAACAUUUGACUAAACUCCUGUCUCAUUCAAACAUUUCAUUCAGGAAGACUAGUUCUUAGAAAACAAUAUUUUAUGAUAAAUUUGACAUUGUAGAGAAAGUGACAAUAUCUGUUUACAUUGGCUUUGAUCAAUGUGUUGUUUGAAAUAGAUGUUGAUUAAAUAUGCUGUGAUGUAGUUGUAAUGCAUUUUGGCUUUAAACAAACAAACUUUUGAGACCUAAAUUAUAUUGAGAUUUUAUCAAAAGGACAGUGAUUAUUUGAUGUGCCCACGUGCAUUGCAUACGUUUUGUUUUGUAUGCAUGUUCAACUUUCGCACCGUAAGUGAAAACGCACUUCUUUAGAACAUUUUUUUAUGUUUAGUUGUCCUUCCCUGCACCCCCAAAUAGCACGGUUGGCUAUGCACGGUUUGAAAGAAGUCCAACGUAUGUAGCCAACUGUGCUAGGGGGAAGGACCACGAACUAAACACAAAAAGCAGUUGUUUUUUUAGAUGUGCUUGAAAUUUUGUUAACAUUAAUUAAACUAUUUUACAUGUUUUUUUAUGCCACCAUGUAUAUACUGACUUAAAAUAUAUAAAAUAAAGCUACUUUUGUUUUAAUAAUUAAAUGCAUGUAAUGCCAAUCAGUGUCGAUACCCCAUGACAGUUCAUUCAGAAACAUUGAGGCGUUUUAAUCUCUAAAACGUCCUUGAAAUUAAAUUCUAAUCAAUUCGGCAGCCCACCUCAAUUUGUGACUUGAACUCACCUCCACAGCUACAGAUGAACAUAUUUUAAGGUGGCAAGUGUUGUACAGUUAAUGUGUUCACUGCGGACGCUGAUUGUGUUUAGCGAAAGUGUAUUGCGAUUAGGCGUGGAGGCUGGGCUUUCUUUUCAUCACGGCGCCUUUGCUCAGUUGUGGGCACAUUAAUCCAGUCAAACAGGGAAAGCUCCAUCAAUGAGCGUUUGGUGACUCGCUCCACAACAGCUUCCUCUGGAUGUUCACGUGGAGAUCUGUUUAAAACAUUCAGUAAUUAACAUUUGCAUGGUGUUACGCAAUCGUGCAUUAACCAAAAAGCCAAGGAACGCUACUUACAUUGCUGGGUUGUGGAGGCCUUUAUCGAGCAGUAGAUAGAUAGAGGUAUUUGUGCCCCGUUGUCUGCAUUGCAGUGUCUGCAUCUUGGAGUGCUUAAAAAUAAAUCCCAUCGUGGAGUCUCGCAAAAUUAGGGGAAAUUAGUUGCUACAAUCCACACAUUUUUGGCAAACUCGGGUGUUUUAUUUUUCUAGCAGCCCUCCAACAAAAGCCAACAAUCUAAACUUGUGGAUUUUAGGAUUUCUGUACCCUGUUAUUAUGGGAAUUGCUGGAAAUUUGGGGCAUCGCACAUUUUUUUUAUUUUGAGGGAUUCGACUUCUGAUUUCGUUUUGAUCUACUGUACAGGGCCGAGGUAUGUGUUAAUGAAGGCACUACUCUUCAAUGAAUAACGUCCAGUAGUUGUUUUUUGUGCAGCAUUACUUUAAUGCUGUACAUAUAUACAGUACUCAGAGGUCAUGUCCUGCUUUUACAAUGCAACACCUGUUUGAUAAAACACAUCUACUUGCAGCAUACUUUGGGACAAGUUUACGACUGCAUUUAAUCACAGUAUCACUUGAAAAUAAGCAAAGCGAUUGACAAGUAGAACAUGGUAUAAAAAAAACAUCGAGGCUGAGUGCUUGAAAAAGUGAAAAUGUGCUAACCGUACAGCACUUGACAUUGUUUUACUUGCCUUUUGUAGUGGUUAGCAACCUCAUAACCUACAACAACAAAAAGUUGAAAUAGAAUCUUUUUAAGAUGUACACAAAUCUAGCAUAUAAUUUCAUAAUAACUUUCAUAACUCGCAAUACACUUCAUAUGGUCCUUAACUAAAGGAUAGAUGUAUUGGCUUUGCUUGUGCUUUUUAUUGCCAUGAUAUUGAGAUCCAUAUGUUCAUAGUUGUGCAGGUACAAUAAACAUUGAGUAAAUGACAA